CCGGCCCGGCGCCGCCGCCGCCGCGAUGUCUCAGGAGCGGCCCAAGUUUUACCGGCAGGAGCUGAACAAGACGGUAUGGGAGGUGCCCGAGCGCUACCAGAACCUGUCGCCGGUGGGCUCUGGCGCCUACGGCUCUGUGUGCUCUGCCUAUGACACAAAAACUGGGCUGCGAGUGGCUGUGAAGAAGCUGUCCCGACCAUUUCAGUCCAUCAUUCAUGCCAAAAGAACCUACCGAGAACUACGGCUACUUAAACAUAUGAAACAUGAAAAUGUGAUUGGUUUGCUGGAUGUAUUCACACCUGCCAAGUCACUGGAAGAAUUCAAUGAUGUAUACCUGGUGACGCACCUCAUGGGAGCAGAUCUUAACAAUAUUGUAAAAUGCCAAAAGCUCACAGAUGACCAUGUACAGUUUCUCAUAUAUCAGAUUCUUCGGGGAUUGAAGUAUAUCCAUUCAGCUGACAUAAUACACAGAGACUUAAAACCUAGUAACCUAGCUGUAAAUGAAGACUGUGAGCUGAAGAUUCUGGAUUUUGGUUUGGCCCGGCACACAGACGAUGAAAUGACUGGGUAUGUGGCUACCAGGUGGUACAGGGCUCCUGAAAUCAUGUUGAACUGGAUGCAUUACAACCAGACAGUUGAUAUUUGGUCAGUGGGCUGCAUUAUGGCUGAGCUGUUGACUGGAAGAACGUUGUUUCCUGGUACAGACCAUAUUGAUCAGUUGAAGCUCAUUUUGAGACUCGUUGGAACCCCAGGGCCUGAGCUUUUGACGAAAAUCUCCUCAGAGUCUGCGAGAAACUACAUUCAGUCUUUGUCCUACAUGCCGAAAAUGAACUUUGAAAAUGUGUUUAUCGGUGCCAAUCCCCUGGCUGUGGACUUGCUGGAGAAGAUGUUGGUGCUGGACACAGACAAACGAAUUACUGCAGCUGAAGCACUAGCCCAUGCCUACUUUUCUCAGUAUCACGAUCCAGAUGACGAGCCGGUGGCAGACCCCUAUGACCAGUCCUUUGAAAGCCGAGAACUUGAGAUUGAAGAAUGGAAAAGCCUCACUUACGAUGAAGUCACGAGCUUUGUGCCACCACCGCUUGACCAAGAGGAGAUGGAGUCCUGAGAAACUGCCUCUCUUCUGUUUGUCCCACUUCACUGUGAGGGGAAGGCCUUUUCAUAGGGACUCUCCAAAUAUCAUUCAAGUGCCUCUUGUCACAAAGAUAUUCUCCUUGGUGAAGGGGUUUUGUGUGCGUGUGGAAUGGGGGGAGGGAGAAAGGUCGUAUGUAAACAUGCUGCAUGCUCUUGUAUUCUCUGUACAACCUGGGACAAGCCUCUGAAGUCCUGUUUUGACUGCUUUUUAGCCCUUCCAGAGAGACCAUUGUCAACCAGUUUGCACUGCUGCUGAGCAAGUCAGGGAAGCCGAUAGUCAAUGUUUCGUCGCACUUGUUGCCAUUUAAAUGGUUCUCUUGCAGUAAAAUGACUUCACAGAUCAUGGAAGGCUGGUUAUAUGCUUGGAUAGUCCUCUUUUCUGCAGCAGCGGAGUAGGGGUGAGAGAGAUCUUUUUUGUUUCAUGCCAGACGGCUGAUCUACAUCCGAGGUCUCUUCCCAGCGCUGCAUACAACAGAACAUACAAGCCUGUUGAUGACUAUCUCUGCUUGAUUCUUGGAACACGAGAAGGAUUUGUUUGAAACUGUAAAUAUGUUUGUGCCUUAACUGGAUGGAGAAAGAGUCUGGAAUUAAGUCUGGAGUGGAAUUCGGAGCCUGCUGCUCUUCUGGAAGUGAGCCGCAGGGUAGUCAGGCCCGGGCUUUGUCACCAGGAAACAACCUUCCAAGGCACAGUCCCAUGACCCUAGGUUGGGUAUUGCCAUACUUCUCCCUCUUCCCCUUCUCUCGUCCUGAGGCUUCCCAGCAUUAAAUCCUGAUGGGCACAGGCAGAGACUGGAGAUGAUUCUUGCUGUCUGUACAUAUUUGUGUACUUUAUUUCUAAACAGGUGGGGUAUUUUUUGCAUGUUGUAGCUGUAUGUGCAUGUAGAGCUACUUGUUGCAUUAUCUUGGAGGAGGGUACUGGGGCAGUAAGUCUGCCAGUGACAUACUGUACUGAGUACCUCAGCCAGUGCUGUAGGAAGAUCACAGCAUCCUCCCUCUUGUUCUGCAACUCGGUGUGAACGUACCUGCCAUUCUGGAUGCUGUGAUAAGGACGGGACAGAAACUCGCCACUCUUUUUGUUCUGGUGUUUGUGGUUUCAGAAAAGAAGAGAUGUUUUUUGUGGGGUUAAAGUAAAGCAGGAUCUGCAAAAGAGUACGUAGAGCCAUUUAAGUGCCCAAAGUUCAAAGCAACUUCCUCAAAAGAAACACUUAGAAAUGUUGUAUGCCAAACAAUGAAUAAGCACGCAUGAAGCCAGAACCUCCCUUUCACUGUUUGUAUCUACAGCUAUAUAUACUGCGUAACACUUUAUUAAGGUGGGUUUAUACCUCAUAGGACAAGAGCUUAUUGCCUUUUUUUAGGGAGUUGAUCUCUGCUGGGAAGAACAGGGAAAGGCAGUAUGUUUGAAGCAAAAAAAAGAAGUUAAUGUAUUUUGUUAUCUUAGGGCUGCUGGUGUAAUGAAAUCCCCCUGGUUAGGGACUGGCUACAGAGGGAGGGGUCUGUCAGUAUUUUGUGUACUAGAGGUAUCUUGGGUAACCUGGAUGCCCUUUUUUUAGGGUCUGGAGUGAGAGGUUUUCCAAAGUUCAUAUAUUGGUGGGAUAUAUGUGAACAAAGUGUAUGCAAGGAAAAAGGCUUUUGCAGUAUUUUGUAUCUUGAUGGAUCUUGGAUUUAGGGGUGGAGAGAAGCUGUUUUUAGUAUAUUUAUCCCUGUGUAUAAAGAGGCAGCACAAAGGGAUGGGAGGUGAACGAUGAAGCCAUCACUUUCUUAGAACACUUUCCCAUUAUCUCAUCAGGUCAAACCCUUUAGAGAAAUUUGGGGUGAGGAGGAGAGAGUUGUUCUUUCAUGCCUUGGGUAUUGAACCCUGCCCCAGACCAAACAAAAUCACCAAUAGAAAACCUCCCUGCCCUGCUGGACCUAUAGUCCAGGUAUUCAGAUGGAAAUGUAGAUGUACUCUGUAAACCUACAGCAAGAUUAUUUUUUAUCAACCAUUUUAUGUGUAGUAGCAACAGUGUGUUUUCAUGCAGAAGUAUUGCUAAAGAUUUUUAAAACAAUAGACAUUGCGUGUGUGUGAGUGUGUGUGUGUGAAUGGGAAUGUUGAAGUCCAGACUCUAAUGGGAGCCCAUGUGGCAUACGCUCCCUGUCUUCAGCACAGUGCUGUUUUACUGCCUGGAAUUACAUUGGAAGUACACUUCAAAAAGAUUCUGCUAUUUUGUUUCUAUCCAUGAACCUUGCUGUAAUUGGUUAUGCCAUAUAGGAUGUCACAAUACCACUGGUUUAAAAUAAAACCUAUUUUUCAGACUUA